CGAAAACUAAAAAUGAAAUGCUUUGAUUCUGUUAUCAACUUCACAUUUUUCAUAUUAAAACUUGAAAAUGUCAGUGGGAGCUUCGCUUCCUGGUGUUCUACAAUCACCAUUUUUGGGUUCCAAGCUAUAUUCACCAUCUUCUACAACUCCUCCUUCAUGCAUCUCUUGCUACAAUUUAUCCAAAACAAGACGCUCACCGUGCAUCAGAGCCAUUGAUCUUGAUCAGAAUACGUUGGUUGCAAUUUCAGUUGGAGUAGCAAGUGUUGCGGUUGGGAUUGGAAUUCCGGUCUUUUACGAAUCCCAAAUUGACAAUUCUGCUAAAAGAGAUAAUACUCAACCAUGCUUCCCCUGCAGUGGCUCUGGUGCACAGAAAUGCAGAUUUUGCAUGGGAGCUGGCACAGUAACUGUGGAGCUAGGUGGGGAUGAGAAAGAGGUCUCAAAUUGCAUCAACUGUGAUGGCGCCGGCUCUUUAACAUGCACUACAUGCCAAGGGUCUGGUAUUCAACCUCGAUAUCUUGACCGCAGAGAAUUUAAAGACGAUGAUUAAACUGCUUCAAGUGGCAGCUUUUGCGGAUCAUUCUAAUCAUCAUAUCAAUAUAAGAGCCAAGAGAAGGAGAAACCUGAAUUGUAACAAUUUCACUAUUCAUUUUUUUUUUUCUGGCUGAAGAAUUCGUUUUCUUCUCCUCUACUUUUGUAUAAUGUAAAGUGAUACAACACUCUUCUUUAUAAUUAAAAGAUAAUACUUCGAUCA